UAACACCGUAGCCUCUGUAACAUUUGACAUAUUCUCCGUUUGUUUUCAUUUAAGAAUCAAAGGAGGAGCCAAACAUCAUGGCCCUCUCCCUUGCGCGGUUAUUUUCAUCACGGCUAAACCUGUCGAGGACGAUACUGAGGCCUAACGUUAAUUCAUGGGUAUUACCAGCCGCUACAAAGAAAACUGUAGCCGAGGAGCUCGGUUUACCUCCCCCGCCAAAACGACCAGCCAGUGCCUACUUGAGAUGGUUAAGUGAAUUUCGGGACAAGUAUCAAGUGCAGUAUCCAAAAUUGACCUUCAUGGAGUUGAAUAAGAAACUUGCAGAAACUUGGAAUGAAUAUACUCCUCAGCAAAAAGAGAGAUGGGUCUCUUUGUACCGGCAUGAAAAAGAAGGCUUUGAUCGAAAGUAUGAGAAGUACAUGAAUAGUUUAACACCAAUGCAGGUAGAGAGCAUAAACAAGUUAAAAAAGAAACGUCUGGAAGACAAACACAAACGACAAGUGAAAAGGGACAAGAAAAAGGACAGUGAAGAGCUUGGCAAACCUAAGCACCCAGGCAAUGCAUUUACUUUAUACUUAGUGACCCUAGAUCGUGGAGGUGCUACACUUAAGGAGUUUUUGCAUGGAGCAGCUACUAGAUGGAAGCAGCUGCCUGAAUCGGAUUUAAAAUAUUACAAGGAUAAGGCAGCAAAGGCGCGUGAGCAGUACCAAAAAGAAUUACAUGAAUGGGAAUUGAAGAUGAUAAGAGCUGGAAGAUCUGACCUGGUUCGACAGCACCAGCAGCUGGAAGACCUGAAGCGUAUCCCAAAACAUAACUUCAAAUUCCCAGAUGAAUAGGGACUCCCAUCAGGUGGUAGGGAGGAAAAACCAGUCCAG